GAGAUGAAGCUUCAUUCAGCUAAAUCCAAUGGAAUUGAAUGGCAAGUAAUAUUUGCUUUCUUAUUUUCCUGGUUGUGUUAUUUAGUCUCUGGUCAGAUUCAUUAUUCCAUUGUAGAAGAAAUGAGAAAAGACUCUGUUAUAGCAAAUAUUGCUGAUGAUCUAAGAUUAAAAAUCAAACAACUGUCAUCUAGAAAACUAAAAAUUGUAUCUCAUGCUUCAGAGAAAUAUUUUUAUGUGAAUCUGGAUAAUGGAAAUCUCUAUGUAAAGGAUAGGAUAGACAGAGAGACAUUGUGUGGCUCUGCAGCUACCUGCUUCCUAAACUUUGAUGCUGUGAUUGAAAACCCCAUUAAUGUGUUCAGUGUUAACAUAAACAUCCAGGAUAUUAAUGACAAUGCUCCAUCAUUUUACCAUGAUGUUUUUACAGUUGAAAUAAUGGAAUCAACAGCAACUGGAUCAAAGUUUGUUUUACAAAAUGCAGAAGACCCAGACAUUGGUAUUAAUUCAGUACAGACAUACAAGCUCAGUGACAAUAAACACUUCACACUCAGUGAAAAUCUGAGAACAGAUGGAAUUUUAUUUCUAGAACUUGUCUUACAGGAACCCUUAGAUCGUGAAACAGAAAGUAUUCAGAAUUUAAUAUUAACAGCAGUAGAUGGUGGAAACCCUGUCAGAUCUGGAACUGUAUUGAUUAGGAUCAAUGUUACAGAUACCAAUGACAACUUUCCAGUAUUUACACAAGAAGUAUACAAAAUCACUGUAAAUGAAAAUACUCACAUAGACUCUACAAUAAUUACAGUAAACGCUACUGAUAAAGAUGGAGGUAUAAAUGGACAGACCACAUACACUUUUAGCAAAACCUCUGGAAAUAUCCAUCAUACAGGACGUUUUAGUAUCCAUCCAACAAAGGGGGAAAUUAAACUAAAGAAAAAAAUGGAUUAUGAAGAUGUGAAGAGUUUUGAACUGUCUAUCCAGGCAAAGGAUGGAGGUGGACUAACCUCUUAUUGCAAAGUGUUGGUAGACAUUAUAGAUGAAAAUGACAAUGCUCCUGUUAUAUCCAUCACAUCAUUAUCUCCUGCUGUUCCUGAAGAUUCUGAACCUGGAACAGUGAUAGCGCUAAUAAAAAUUUAUGAUCAAGAUUCAGAAGAAAAUGGAGAAGCUGACUGUCAAAUUAUUGAAAAAGUUCCUUUCAGCUUAUUAAAAUCAUCUGACAAUUACUACAGACUUGUCACAACUGACCCUAUAGAUAGGGAAUAUCAAUUCUCUUAUAAUAUAACAGUUGUAGCAACAGAUAGAGGAUCACCUCCACUUUCCAGUAGAAGAGUUAUCACAUUGGAAGUAACAGAUGUAAAUGAUAAUGCACCAACAUUUAUAAAGUCUUCUUAUGUUGCUUAUGUGCCAGAGAACAAUUUACCAGGAUCCUCAAUUUAUAGUAUACAUGCAUUAGAUAUUGAUGCUGGAGAUAAUGCUAAAAUCACUUACUCAAUUUUUUCCACAAACACAGAUACUUCCACCUUCUCUUACUUAUCCAUUAACAGAGAGACUGGGGUCAUCUAUGCUCAGAAAUCAUUUGAUUAUGAACUGAACACCAAAUUUAUAAUAUUAGUUAAUGCUAAAGACAAUGGAUCCCCUUUCCUGGAAAGCAAUGCAACGCUGAUCAUCUGUAUAGUGGAUCAGAAUGAUAAUGCACCUAAAAUUGUACACCCAUUUAUAGAAACCAGUGGGCAUCCUGGUUUAGAGAUUGUUCCCUUUACCUCUGAAAAAGGCUCUUUAAUAACAAAAGUGAUAGCAGUGGAUGCAGAUUCUGGACACAAUGCUUGGCUUUCAUAUUACUUCAUUCAGUCAUCUGAACCCUCCCACUUUAUCAUUAGUGAGCACACAGGGGAAAUCAGGACUGUACAUGUUUUUCAAGAGAAUGAUAUACUGAAUUACAAAAUUGUGGUGAUGGUAAAGGACAAUGGAAACCCCUUUCUUUCAGCCACAGUCACUUUGAGUCUUGUCGUUGCAGAUAAUUUCCAACAGGUGGUUCCUAAACGGAGUAACCAACUGACUGAUGAAGAUUCACAAUCUAAUUUACAACUAUACUUAGUCACCGCCUUAGCACUCAUUUCCUUGUUAUUUAUAGUGACUGUAAUACUGGUCAUUAUAUCAAAAUGCAAAGAGUCAAAACAACUUCCAGUUUUUGAUCCAAUUCAUUCAGGUUUAUAUUCUCAUGUUGACCCAAGGAUGCUCUCUCAGUAUUCAAAUCAAACAUUGGCACUUCCCUACUCAUACAAUGUAUGUGUGGCUCUUGACUCUAGUGAGGGAGAGUUUACAUAUGUUCCACCAAAUCAAAAUGUUUCUGUUGAUAAUCUUAUUGACGCUGAUGACUCAGGACUUCGAAAAUACAGUUUUAAAGAAUCUUCACCAACCAGCAAUGAAUUGUUGGUAAGUACUCUGUGCUUUACACUAUUAUUUGGAGCCUGUAUUUAA